AUGAGUUUCUUGCGACUGUCUUCCUGUGCUUUCCGAAGGUCGUGUCGUUUUAUAUCAUGCAAAAGUUGUGGUAUAGAAUUGCAAUCCAAUAAUCCAGAUGGUCUUGGAUAUUGUAAAAAGCCCAAACCCUUCGUGAAGACUCAUGAUAGCAAAGAUUCCAUUGAGAAAUUAAAAUACUUAAUGUUUACGCAAGAAUUGCAGCAGAAAAAGUCAGAAAUUGGUGUUUUAGAUCCUGAUGUUGACGAUGAUUAUCAAUUGUCAACUCCAAAGAGAUUGACAUGUAAGCGAUGCAUCGAGGCGCUUAGCCAUAAUAAAUAUAACACUGAAAGUUUUCCAGUACACUAUUUUGAAAAUAUUAAAGGUGCCCUACCCCAUAUUGCGAAUGUCUACCACAUUGUAUCACUAGCAGAUUUCCCUUUCACUUUAAAUAAAGCUGCAUUCAUGAAAAAAGAGAAUAUUAACUAUUUAUUACUCUCCAAAGCCGAUCAAAUCACUUAUAAAUCAGCAAUUCUUCCUCAUAAAGGUUCUGCGUUUUUCGCUGAAUUUUGUAAACGUCAUAUUGGUGUUCCUGUCAAGAAGGUUGUGCUUUUUUCCAGCGUCAGAAAAUGGAAUAUUCCAUCAAUUCUAAAUUCGCUCGCUAAGAGGUGUUUCCUAUUGGGUAAUCCAAAUGUUGGAAAGACCUCUUUGAUUAAUUCAUUGCUCAAAGAGCGGCUAGAUUCAUUUCAAGCCCAAGUUGACAAGCAAGGUAAUGUUAUUGGGCCGCAUAAAGGCAUCCAAAAUAUCAAAACAAUUAGAGAUAGAAUAAACUUCAAUAAAGGUGGGGUAUCUCACAUACCAAAUUUUACACAGGCAAUUCAAACCUAUGUUAUAGAUGAUAAAAUUGUCAAUGAUUUACCUGGGUACACUAUUGGUCCUUCUGAGACUGUUGAUCUCUCAAAAAUUAUCGAAAAGGAAAAUCUCGAUGAUAUUAGGAAAACUUCAAAGUUCAAAAUUGACAAAUUAAUAAAACAGCGAUACGUUAGCCUAAAAGGAUCUAAGAAUGGUAAAUGUUUGUCUUUCGGGGGAAUCUUUCAUCUAGUUCCUCCGGAAUCUACUAUUAAUCAAGUUGUGAAUUAUAUACCUGUGAUGGAACAUGAGUUCUCGAAUGUUGAAAAGGCUAUAUCUGUUUCCGAGGAGGUCCUGAAAAAUGCUAAUCACCCACUUAAAAAGUAUUUCUGCUUGAAACAUCCAUAUACGGAUAUUAAGAUGUUUGAUAGGCACGUUAUUCCGCCUUUCCAGGGCACUGUUGAAAUUGUUAUAAAAGACAUCGGUUACUUCCAGGUAAAACCUACAGGUAAAUACAGUUUCAACGGCCUUUAUGAGAUAUGGGUUCCAAAAGGCAUCAAGGUGUGUAUUAGAGAACCUUUAGCCAAACUCAUAUCAACAAGCUAUGAUAAAUAUAUUGAGAGUAAAGUUCCUACAGAUCUGUGUCCAGACCGCCCAUUGGUUUCGGAUACGUAUAUCAUGGAUCAUAAUGAACCUGAUACCUUGAGUAAAAUGAAGGAGAUGUAUAUGGAGAAAACUAAAAGUGACAACCUUGCUAGAAGAUUACACCAAACAGAUGCAAGCGAAUUGCUAAAAGAGAUACACAACCCUCCACUGAAUUUGUACUGGUACUAUAAGUGGUAA